AUGUUCACAGCAACCAUGUCGCCAGCUAUCGAAAGACUUGCUCGUGCGUAUCUGCGGCGGCCUGCCGUGGUCCACAUCGGUUCCGCUGGCCGACCUACAGAAAGGGUAGAACAGAUUGUUUACAUGAUAUCAGAGGAUAAGAAGAAAAAGAAGUUGGUGGAAGUUUUGGAGCAACAUUUCGAACCACCUAUCAUCAUCUUUGUUAACCAAAAGAAGGGUGCUGAUUUAUUAGCAAAGGGACUGAGCAAACUGAACUUUAACCCAGUUGUUCUUCAUGGUGGUAAAGGUCAAGAGACCAGAGAAUACGCGUUACAAGCACUCAAAGAAAAAACCAAGGAUAUUCUUGUUGCAACAGACGUCGCUGGAAGAGGUAUCGACAUUAAGGACGUAUCUCUUGUACUGAACUACGAUAUGGCUAAAUCGAUAGAGGAUUACACUCAUCGCAUUGGACGAACAGCUGUGCAGAUCGUCAUUGGGGUCUUCUUGGUACCUAGCCUUGCUGUAUAA